AUAAAAGUAGAUCUCGUUCGCAGGUUGCGGCAGCCGCACAUUUCUAUUUGAGGUAGUGGAACUGUUUGAGGUGACAUUUUGCACGAUGGGCGUUGACUGUGGUUCCACACGUAGUCCUACUAAACCUGGGCUUAGGUGCUCAUUUCGAACGCUUUGAAAGUUUUGGAUGAGAUGGUUGUUGUAAGAGUUUUCUACAAGAAAAACCAUGUGAGUGGAGACACUAUUGACGACAUGGUGUCGACGGCUUUUUCUUAUUUCUUCCUCGCCUUCCUGAACUGCGGUGCAAUAGUGUGACAAUCGUAGACAGUGAAUACUGUGGCUUGAAGUCGCAAUUGUAAGAUCGUUUUGGCAAAUGUGACAGUCGCUGUGGCCAGAUGGCGAUCGCGGGACUUGGGCCCUAGUAAAGCGAGAGCAAUAUUUGAUUAGAAGAGAGCGACGAUUUGAAUCUCGAAUUGUGGGUCGAGACAGAUUCCUGGACGUGGCCGGGAUAGUCCAUGAUUUGGCGUCCUCACUGGAAGAUGUUUUAGACAAUCAAAUCAUUUUGUGUAAUGAUUUCUGGAUCUUCUUGUCAUACUCUGUAAUCUUCAGAGCAAGAUUGCAUCCCAUCCCAUCCGAACUUGGAGACCUCAACCUUAGAUUUAGCGCUUGUUGACUCUUUGUUACCCUCCUGCAACGUGGCGGAGUAAGGUUGCAAAAACAUAUCAAACCCUCUUUCUUUUUUAUGGGUUUUGGGUGCGAGGAGUCCAGGAAUCACGUGAAAUAUCGCCAGAGAUGGAUUUUAUGAGCAUCGAUUAGACAACGUAAUUCAUCAAAUAUUGAAAGCAUAUGUGGAGUGCACCGCAUAAAUCUGCUUUGUUGAAUAACUUUUCGCUGGGUACGACAUUGUUGCGUGUCGGGGAGGUUUGCAUGAUUAUAAUUUCUAAAGAUUGAUCGGAGCUCUCCCAACCUGGGCUUUGCAGAUUGAGGUAUAAUUCUGCAUCCGACGUCUUCAGUCACAACUCAAUGUGGGAAAAGAUUUAGACCUUCAGUAUCCGAAUGCCGACAUCAUUUAUAGAAUGGACACACAAAUUUCACAAAUGCUAGCAACAUGUUGACCAAACUGAUUGAUGUGUGAAUAUGUUGCGACGGACAGCUAUUGCAGAAAAAAACUAAUAGAAAAUGUUAGGAAGUUAAGAUCAGCAAAGUUCACACGAAGGACCUUCAGAACGAACUAUCUCGACUGCAUAAGUUUCUCUUGCAUCUUGCUCUUUCAAAACGCACCUGAGCGUUGCUGGCACCUGAUUAGGGCGAUACAUAAAAACAACGCAGCAUUUUUGCUCUCCUUGCCGUCCACCUCGACGACAUAAUAUGGAGCUUGUCCCUUCCAACCCACUCUUCUUCAAACACCUUCCAAUUCUACGUGUUGUACCUUUCAAUCAAGCCGAAAAACAACUAAACCAACUGAAAUACCAAGAAAUAAACUGAUAGCAGUAGACAAUCAACGCAUGCACACCUCGGGUGGUAUAUGUAUAGCUAGGCGUGGCACACUGCAUAUUGAUAGGUGAAGGCGGGAAAAUAGACACGACCCUCCACCAAUUCGUGCAUGAUCGUAGCUGCUAUCUCUGCACCGUUCCUAACUGCCUCCAUCGUCAUUACUCUCUAGUUCACAAUAACAAGUGCAGUUAAACUAACAAGCUACAGUAGCUUAAUCGUACGCAACUAGUGCCAUCAAAUUUGUUGCGCUCCGAUUGACAGUAUUUUGUGAGAAUUUAGAGCUUCUUGUGCUGUUACGACAUGAAGCACAGGAGCGGGUGUAGGGAUACCCUUUCUGAUAUCCUCUGCAAGAUACGAUGCGGGUAUCGGCUGGGAGAGGAACGAAAUGGGGCGCUGUACAUUGAAACACGAACGUAUGUCUGCGUAGGAUGAUCACAUUGUGAUGGUGUUCAAGCCUCUAAGAUGGUCACGAAAGCAGCGAACUCGCACUGCACGCUUAAUUUUGUGCUUCCUUGCGAUAACCUAUUCUCUGUGGAGAUGAGGAGUGUGGUCGAAAGCUCUUUAUGAGUUGAGUUUUCAAGCAUGGGGAAGAAGAGGAAAGAGAAAACUGAGGAAGGACGUCCCCUAUGUAGGCAUGCAGGAACCAAAAUAUGGUCCAGAGAGAAGAAAAGCAGCAGCGUCCAAACGCAAACAUUCACGACAUCGUCGGACUCAGGUGUAACUGAAGCGUCAGUAUUAUACUCGAAUAAUGCAGGUUUUUCUAAUUUUUCCAGCUCAAAAUGGCAUGAUCUGAUAAGUGGUGUAGAAGAUGCACGAUGUAAUCAAACGAAUUCUGAAUUUGAGCAAGUGGGCUACGUUGAAGAUAACUCUGGACGAUUUGCCAAAUCAUGUCAGAAUUGCGAACUAAAAGACUAUGGAUCAUCGAGGCCAUCGAGUUCAUCGAAUCAUCAUGAGAAGAGGAUCUACCUGCACUUGGAUUUUAGGAACAGAGAGAGCCCCCAGUUGGUUGUGUGCCCCAAACGGAAUCACCAUCAAUACUAUUCUAGUGGGCACGGUGAAGUCGUAAUAGAUGUUGAUUCAGAAUCCCUGCCCCGGCCCUCAUGUUCUCCUUCGCGGUCGCGACUAUGUGAGCAUGCAAUGCCUGUGUCUUCUUUCACCCAAAGAAGCAACUGCCAAAGUUACACUGAGGCUUCUCUUUACAAGGCUCCUCAGCUUCAAUCUCUUCUUGAUGCUAACGGCUCAGGCAGUCGCUCAACAUCGGAGAACGUGCCAUCUCCGACCGCCAGUAUAAAUCCUAGACGAGGGUCUCAGGUACAGAAUGCAGAGGGACAACUUACACAUGAGCGAGCCAUGUUAACAACUCCUGAAAGAGGGAGAUCAGAUCUCCGCUCCAAUCUUGCACAUGGACGAGCCAUGUCGGAGCCGAGGGGGCGAAUGGCAUUCAGAGGAUGCGAAUUGGAUAUUUGCCCUAAUCAGCUUGCGCAGGGCCGACACAGUUUAUCAUCGCCAGCAUGUAGUGAGUGUUCUUCAGAUCCCAAGAGCCAGUUUGAAUUCAAUAUUGGGGAAGGAGUGCCUACUGCAAAAAUUGGCAAUGUCAGAGAGAUCUUGCUUCCAUUGCCUAAGUUUCUACAAAAAAAGAACAUCAACACUCCCAACAGUGGCACGCGAGUUGUGAAAGCGAUUGCGUUACAGCCCAAGCCGGCCACUUACGGAAAGAUUGCAACUCCGAGAAGUUGCAGCAUGAAGUUGAAGAGAGACACUAUGCGGGUAAAAGGUGGAAGUGGUGCAUUUCCGACAAUUUUCCCCAAUUGGUUUACGAAGCCUGUUGAAAGCAGUGCACCACCUCAACAGACUGAUGGUGUUGUUCUGUCAUGGGAAAAUCUGACUGUGAUGUCUAAGGUCGGAAAAGUGUUGUUGAAUAAUUUGAAUGGGCAAAUAAUAUGUGGGUUCACUGCUAUCAUGGGCCCGAGUGGGUCUGGGAAAUCAACCUUGUUGAACACCCUGGCGUGUCGAAUGCGUCAAUCAGCAAGCGUUACAGGCAGAAUCCUUCUCAAUGGUCGAGAUUACAAAAUUGCAGAUUUGAAGAAAAUAUCUGGCUAUGUUAUGCAAGAUGAUCUGCUGCAUGCGCAUCUAACUGUAGAGGAGACACUCAAGUAUACCACGAGGCUCAAGUUGGAGCCGUCUUUGACAGAGGAAGAAGUGUCUGCACGUGUGGACGAGAUUAUCACGCAGAUGGGAUUGGAUCAUGUGCGAAACACAGUCAUUGGAAACCCUGAGAAGAGAGGAAUUAGUGGAGGCGAGAGAAGGCGAGUCAGUGUUGGCAUGGAACUGGUCACACAUCCACAACUCCUUUUUUUGGAUGAACCCACCUCAGGUUUAGAUAGUGUUACGGCACUCUCAUUGUGCGAGCAGUUGCAAAAACUAGCACGCUCAGCAAACUGUACCAUCGUCUGCACCAUUCAUCAACCACAAGCCAAAAUUUUCAACUUGUUCCAUUACCUAAUCAUCCUCAAAGCUGGUCAGGUAAUCUAUCAAGGCAAAGCAUCAGAAGUGCUUCAACUUUUCGAGGACUCUGGAUUCCCUUGCCCAGAAUAUACCAACCCAGCUGAUCAUUUUCUGGAUGUUAUAACGCCGUCCAUGAAUAGGCCUCAGGGGAGUCUUAAAAACGUCGAUGAUGUUUUAAAAUCCAAAUUCCAUCCACUCCCGGUAAACAUGAAUCAAGGAUCAGAAUACUUGGUGUUCCAGACUAUGCGAGAGAGGAUGCCAUGGCAUCGGCAGUACUUAGUGCUACUUAACAGAGGGGUGAGAGAGCAAAUUCGGAAGAAAAAUAUGCUGAUAACUCAAAUGUGCCAGAGCGUGAUGAUGGGACUACUGAUUGGCGGAGUAUUUUUCCAGAUCGGUGACCACCAGAAGUCCACAGUGCGUAGGCAACCUGUGCUGUUUUUCUGUGUGAUAAACCAGGGCGUUUUCGGUGCAUUGACAGUUAUCAAUUCUUUCCCUGGAGAACGCGCUCUUACACUGCGUGAAAGGGCAGCUGGAAUGUAUUACUGCUCAUCCUAUUUCACAGCGAAGGUUACAGCUGAGAUGGUUUCGCAGAUUGUUUCCCCCAUCAUUUUCUCGUUCAUAGUCUACUGGAUGGUUGGCUUCCAGAGAAAUGGCUCCAAGUUUAUGAUCUUCAUGGUGUUGAUGGUAUUGUGCCAGCUGGCAGCUACAUCUCUUGCUCUGAUGGUCUCGGCUAUUUGCAGGACAACUGACUUCUCAGUCACUGUUUUGCCAAUGGUCCUUGAAGUUAACCGCCUCUUUGGGGGGUUUUUCUUAUCACCCAAGAACCUCCCUGAUUACUUUGUAUGGCUGGAUGCAUUCAGCUAUGUCAAGUACACAUACACAGCUAUUUCCCUGAACGAGUUGCACGGUUUGAAGAUCAGAUGCAGUCCAUCUGAGUAUGUUGCCGGGGCGUGCCCCAUUACAUCUGGCGAACAAACAAUUAAGAGCUUAGGUCUUGAUUACCUCAAUAUAGGUUCAUGCAUUACCAUUUUGAUUUUCUACAUUCUAAUUACUAGGAUUAUUGCAUAUCUUGGCAUCCGCUACCUUAAGAAAUAGAGAAGAGGUUUAUAGAAUACUCACAAAUGUAAUCAAUUGAUAAAUCACUAGGUAUGUAGAUAUUUUGUAACAAAUUAGUUAGUUUAUACUUAGAACACAUUUUGCAAAGAGAGAUUCAUAGGUCAAAUAAUGUUUAGGAUUCUUUGGAUGCACCACUUCUAGAGUCCAUGUAAACUUAUCAAGAUUGAAAAGUAGAAAAGUGGAAGCUAGAUUGAGAUGAUAUAUAAAUAAAUUUUCAAAAACUAAAACAUUUCUUCCAUCUCAUCUAGAAAUUUCAACAUUAUUUUGUAAACUAUGUGAAUUUUAAGAAAUAAUUUGGAGAUAGUAUGUAUAUUUAAGAAGCUA